CGAGAGCGCAAAAACGUUGUUACCUUGUUAGUGAAGAAGGCCACUGGUCAAUGCUACAAUUGCAUCGUUUUCGAGUGUGACCAAACCUUUGUAUAAAUACGAAUUAGAAAUUCAGAAGACGCUGUUUGAUUGCGCUAAUGUGAGCUAGUGUCGUUGAAAAGUGUGUUAUGUUAAUUCGGACGAUUGGAGCGUUGCAGACCGAGACGAUAUGUUCGUGAAUUUGCCGGAGAUUGUUAAAAGGGGAUUUCCGGUACUGACCUGGGGCAAAAAUUACAGUCUGGAUGUUGCUAUCGCUGAUUUGGUCGCCGGGAUUACGAUCGGAUUAACGCUAAUCCCGCAGUGCAUCGCCUAUGCAUCCUUGGCGGGAUUAGGGCCUGAGUAUGGACUGUAUUCUUCGCUUUGUGGAGGCAUAAUUUACGUAAUUUUCGGGGCUGUCCCCGAACUGAACAUCGCCCCCACCGCCCUCCUCUCCCUCCUCACCUUUACGUUCACAAACAACGCGUCUUUUGGGAAAGUAAAAGCCGCCAUUUUGCUUUGCUUCCUGUCGGGGGUCAUUGAACUGUUAUGUGGAAUUCUCCAUUUGGGUUUUUUGGUUGAUUUCGUGUCAACUCCGGUCGUGGCCGCCUUCACCUCGGCUGGUGCCUUGACCAUCGCCUCCUCACAAAUUAAAAAUUUGCUCGGAUUAAAUUUCAAAGCCGAUAGUUUUGCCGCCGUUUGGAGCAAUGUUUUCCAGCACAUUACAGAGACGAAAAUGUGGGAUUCUAUUCUGGGAAUUGGUUGUUGCGUAGUAUUGCUGUUGUUGAGGAAAUUGAAGAAUUAUGGAAGUCCGCCCCUGGAUGACCACAAAUCGGUGUCAAAAAGCAAAAAACUGAUUUGGUUUUGUUCAGUGGCGCGCAACGCCUUUGUGGUCAUUGCGUGCGCCGCCACUGCUUUUUUCUUCGACAGUUGCGGGGAAAAACCCUUUUCUCUCACUUCCAAAGUUCCCGAGGGACUCCCCGCUUUUACGAAUCCAGUGGCGGAGGCUCACCAUGGCAACGCCACAACCAGUGUCGUCGACAUGAUGAAGGAGCUGGGGGCCGGCAUUUUUGCCGUCCCUUUCGUCGCCAUUUUGGGCAACGUGGCAAUCGCCAAAGCCUUUGCUACAGGCAAAGUUAUUGACGCCUCGCAAGAAAUGAUCGCAGUAGGCAUGUGUAACUUGAUUGGUGCGUUUUUCGGGUCGUAUCCCGUCAAUGCGUCCUUUUCGAGGGCGGCUGUGAGCAACGCGAGCGGUGUGCGCACGCCUUUAGCGGGGAUUUACACAGGUGUUAUGGUUAUUUUGGCGCUAACGUUCCUAACACCGUAUUUUUCGUACAUUCCGAAGCCUACUCUGGCCGCUGUCAUUAUUUGUGCAGUCAUUUUUAUGGUCGAAGUGGCUUUGACGAAAUUAAUAUGGCGGAUUAACAAGAUUGAUCUAGUGCCAUUUUUCGUUACUUUGGUUUUUUGUCUGGUAUUGGGGAUCGAAUUUGGGAUUUUGAUCGGUGUUUGCGUCGACAUUUUGUUUUUAUUGUACCGAACCGCUCGGCCUAAGGUUGUUUUUGACUACGUUAAUGAAAAUUCGACAAGUUAUGUCAAAAUAACUCCAACUUCGGCCAUUUUUUUCCCCUCAGUCGAGUACGUUCGGGAAAAAGUCAUGCAAAACAGUGUCAAAUACAUUUUUUUGGUUUUUGACUGUCAGCGUGUCAGUAAACUAGAUUUUACAGCAGCUAAAUCUUUGUCUGCGCUACUCGAUGAUUUGAGCAAAAUGCAGAAAGUGGUCGUUUUCUACCGGCCGCCCGCCUCCGUUGUCAAAAUUUUGACAAAAGUGGCCGAAGGUGGCCCAAAAAUCGCCGAAACGGAGGAGAAUUUGUACGAAAUUUUGAAAGAGCAUGACAAGACAAGGAGGGAGAAUAUCGCCAUCAGCGUGGAGGAGAAAGAGAGCAAUACGCAGUUGUGACACCACCAGUGAUGGGGUGGUGUUUUUAACCCUAUUUGUUGUAAAAAAUGUUAUUUAAUAAACGAAAUUUGUUGUA